AUGUGCGCUAGCUGGGCCGCCUUCUUCUUGGGGCUGUGCUACAUCUUUCUCUCUCCACGGGACAUGUUGUCAUGUGGUAACCUUUUGACAUAUGCGACUUUGUCUACUGGCCCAAACUCCAUCUUGAACACUACCAUCUUCAAUCCUGCAACCCCACAUCCCACUUCAUUUCUACAUCACCAUUGUCCCGAAUACUCCUCUGCGGCAUUUCCAACCCUCACCGAAAGACAAAAUUCCUAUUCGCCUCCAAGGCCUCCUACACACAGACACCCGGCUAACUCGGUGCCACACCCAUCCACUCAUGACGUGCAGAACAAGACUCCCAAGGCACACUCGGCACACUCCAACCGACCACCGCAAAACCCGCCACACGCCCUACAAUAUCUUCGACGUCAGCAACAAGAAAGUGCUGGGGUCACGUAUCACUUCAUUACAGCCUUCUACUCUCUCUACCUCGGCGCCGAGUACAGAUAUGUAUUGGCGCAUGACUGGGGUACAUAUGCAGCCCUGUCCUGCCGGUGGGGCGUCCAUGUGGCGAAGGGAGAGAGAGAUAAGACCCUUGUCUCCCCAGACCCAAAUGCCCCUCGGGGCCUUUUUGUCUCCGUUUGCCUGGAAAUCCCCUAA